AUCCGGGAAAAAGUGCACUCAGCCAUCCACAUUAUGAACUGAUCAAGCUCAGCAUUAGACACAUAAGUAGUUCGAAUGAUACUUUGAGUUGGCAACUGGAAAUUUAUAUUCGUUCGAGGAUAGAUGGACAUUUAUGGAAUAACUUAGUACAGGAAGGAUGAAUUUGUCUCGUUGUAAUUGUCAGUGCUGAUGCCUAGACGACAGUAGCUCGGAAUUUAUUUGAAUUUUUGAUCUUUUUGUGCCCAGGAUAGGAGUAGGCCUACGCAAGUUAUUGCUUUCGCGGGAUAAAAAGAUAGCCAUUAUGGCAAGCUAUCAGAAGCAAGUGACAUUAGAGUUCACUGACCUCUUUCUCACCAUCAACAAAAGGGAGGUUCUUCGUGGAGUGUCUGGGACGGCUAAACCCGGUCAACUGAUGGCAGUUAUGGGACCGAGCGGCGCAGGGAAGACUCUUCUGCUAACUUGUUUGGCUGGUCGACAGAGGGCGCUAGAAUCUGGAGGUAUUUUUCUGAAUGGCCAACCCAUCAGCAAGCGUUUAAGAAGACAAAUCAGUUUCGUGUUACAGGAAGACUUGUUCCUAAGUGAACUCACUUUGAGGGAAACUUUUAAGUUCACAGCAGAUCUGAGAUUACCCAGCCGCUUGACAGAUGAGGACAAAAAGCAGAAGAUUCGAAGCAUCGUCGAAACUCUUGACUUACACAAGUGCCUCGAUACUAAGAUGGGUAACUCGCUGAAUCGUGGACUAUCGGGAGGAGAGAAGAAGAGAGCUAACAUUGGAUGUGAGCUUCUCACUGAUCCCUCCAUACUGCUUCUAGAUGAGCCUACGUCUGGACUAGACUCCCGGACAGCCUAUGAGCUGAUAAAGACGUUGAAAGAAUACGCCGUUUCAUCCGGAAAGACUGUAAUCACAUCUAUUCACCAGCCUUCCAGUCGAGUGUUUCAACUUUUUGAUUGUUUACUUCUGCUCUCUGAGGGGCAGGUUGUGUACUCCGGAGAUGCUGACCAGGUGGUUGAUUACUUCGCUCGGUUAGGAAUCCAAUGCCCGCCGCACUACAAUCCAGCCGACUAUAUAUUGGAUAUCGUGAAAGGGACCGAAGAGGAACGGGUCAAGAUCCACACCGCAGCUAAGGCGCAGUCAUGGAAUCAUCACAACUGCGGGGAGCACACACCCAACUGUAUGCACAAAACGUUUGAAUCGAUGGCGGAGAAUGAAAUGAGAGAGCCGCGUGGGAGCAUUAAUCGCGCUUUAUCGGUUCGGAGCUUGCAGGACGGCAGCUUUGACAAUUCCGUCUUCGUCGACUGCGUCAUUGGCGAGGCUGAUGACCAAGUGAGAAGCCCAUCUGCAGGCCACAUGACCACUAACAGUUCACACACCAACGGUAAUUCGUCGCAUAACAACUGCGUCAUGCCAUCCCUCAAUACAUCGAUAUGCCGUGAUCUACAAGCCAAAACAACCAAGGAAAGUCAGAAGUUUCACGCUGACCCGUACGCAAACGCAGAUAAAUGGCCGACGGGAUAUUUCCACCAGCUCCUUACGUUGACCCACAGGAACUUUAAACAGAACCGAUAUUUGGUUCUUUCCAAGCUUGAGAUCUCCAAGCAGCUAAUGUUGGCGCUCAUUGCGGGGACACUGUGGUUCCAAGUAACGUUCGCAGAGGAAAAUAUCAGAGAUAUGUCUGGAUUGAUUUUCUUCAUGAGUGCCCAUUGGGGAUUUGAACCGAUUUACAGCAGCUUGACAUCGUUUCAACUUGAACGCGCUGUGUUGGCCAAAGAACGUGCAGCUGGUGCCUACAGACUAUCGGCUUAUUUCAUGUCAAAGGUCAUUGGAGUACUUCCUCUGUUGUCCACGAUGACUAUAGUGUCAGUGACCAUUACGUUUUGGAUGGCUGGGCUUCAUAAAUCGGUCUUAGUAUACUUCUGUUACGUUGCGACUCUUCUACUUUACGUGCAGGCCGGGCAGGCUAUAGGGCGGUUUUUCAGCGCAGCUUGCUCCAAUAUACAACAAGCACUCACAGUUACUUCACUUUUUAUGCUGACAAGUAUGCUUCUAGGGGGGUUCUUUGUACAGAAUUUACCCAUAUUCCUCUUCUGGUUGCGAUAUAUUAGCUACACUUCAUACGUGUAUAGAGCUCUUCUCUCUACUGUCUUUGUUGUGGUUCCACGAACUAUCAGCUGUAACACGACAGUCAUCUCGGAGUUUGGAGAUUGUCUUUCAUUGAGCAGAGCAGACGACAUCAGUACCAGCAUGAGCGCAAUAUCGGACGCUAUCGUAUCGAAUUCCACGUCGAUCACAAGUACGCGUGGGAUUUUAAAUGAAGCACAGGUCGUCGAGGUCUUGCUGGAUUUCAGUUUUCCUAUUUGGGGCUCCUACAUGGUACUUUUCGGAUUCGCUGUCACGUUCAAUUUUCUGGCGUAUUUGGUGCUUAGAUUCCGCAGACCAGAGCUGUGACCUGGAUCCGUUACAUGGCACUGUAAUGAGUAUGAACUAACGACUUAAUAAGAUAAAAUUUCUGUUUUUAUAUAUAACCUUGUAUCACUGUAUGAUAUAACGUCUUUAUACGCCUUCAAAUGACUUUGGAUAUUAUUGCCCCGGUUUUAUCGCUCAACGAUAUGUUCAUGACAGGAGAAACCAUUGUGAUCAUGUCGCGGUCAUCAUCAUCAGAUUCGUCGUCGUUGUCAUUCAAAUCAAUGAUCACUGACCAUCGUAUCAGCUGCCUGAUUAUGAAGAAAUCCUCACUUUCGCUCUACACAAGGAUAUACAUAUUUGUGCAGAAUCCGACUGCAAAUUACCCCUAGAUAACGCACAAAAGCGCCGGAAGUGGGGGGGGGGGGCGGUUGCCCCC